UUGGUCUUCGUCUGGAAAGCUGGAAAGAAGCGGAAAAGCUGCAUCUUGUGCGCCGCAGGUGCGUAGACUAAGCAGUGGGUCACAGAGAGCUGCAACGUGUCCGGUUUGAGAUUUCACCCUGGGCGUAGGUGUAUCAUGCGAACCCCGAUUGAAGAAGUUUUACACUUAGAGUUUUCCACAGCCCAAACUUUUGAUAGUUUUAAUUAUUUAGUCAUUCAAUAUGCCGAUAUUUUAAACUAACCCACAUGUACUGAACGUCCCUUCCUCCAAAUGCCAAGUAUAAGAAAUAGUCGUUUCGCUUUUUUUUCUGAUUUCGAGUUGGGAGUGUGUAAAGAGUCUCUUUCACGAGAUACAUUCAUCCGAGGAUGUGCGUCCAGUAUUGAAAAUUGGAACUGCCGCCCGAAAAGGGUCAGGAUGGGUCAGCUGUACCUUGACGGCAACAACGAUAGUACUCGUUACGUAGUUAAAAGCCGCUUGGCGUGAUAACUGUGUUUCCCAUUUGCAAAAAUCAUUAUCACAAGAGAGCUGCUAGAUUUCACCUUGUCAAAACUUAUCUGCUUUGCUUUUCGAGCACCACUCUAAUCGAGAAUCUGGUUUCCAGCAUCUGCAUCCUUGUUUAACCUUGUCAAAACUUAGCCGAGGCACUUCUGUUGAUUGGUUUGUUCUGAGUUAAAGUUAGAUUACCAGGUUCGAAACGGGGAAUAAACUAAAGCAGGGGAGCGACACCUCAAAACCUACCACACACUUGAUAAGGAAAUUUUGGAGUAAUUUUAUACCUGGAGUCUCCGUUUUAGAACUUGGUGUUUGUGGUUGGGAAUAUUCAACGAUUCUUAAAUAAUUUCAUUGAAAGUAAUGCAGACUGUUACUUGAACUCCGUUUGAGAAAUGUGUCAGAACCAUCAAUCCUGUGGCAAAAGGAAACCGGGUUGCAUAUGGAUUCAGUGAAUGACAACAACCUACUUGUACUGCUAUUGCAGCUUACUGUGUCAACUGAUCGUCCAUAUCAAGCUUCCCUAGUGAAAUUUAAAAAAGCUGAUAAAGGUGAUGUGUACAAACAAGUGGCUUGGUGGUCAUUCGAGGAUCUGAUACUUGUUGAUGGAAAGGAUGCAGACAAGGAUAAUCCUGAAUUUGAUUUGCAAUUUGAUAAAGUAUACAAGUGGAUUGCCAGUAAUUCUGGAGAGAAAAAUAAUUUCAUGUCGUGUCUCUUCAAACUCAACCAUCGUUAUCUACACAACAGGAUUAAGUUUGUAAACAUCAAUUCGCACAUAUUGGAAGAGAGUCUGCGCCCUGCAGUGGAGCAGCACAAAAGAGGGCGAGUUGCAGAGGAAGAAGACAUAGAUGUUUACCAAGAAUUGACAUCGAAAGAAGCAUUUGAUAUUGAGAAGUUAAUGGAGCAAUUUGAUCAGUCUAUUUCCAAUUCCGAAGCUUUUGCGGAGAAAAUGAGUAAAGAUCUCCAAGUGUUAGAUGAGGAAAACAUACGGUCAAUCAUUGUGUCCGAGAAGCAAGUAACUGAAAUGAUGGAACUGAUUGAUGUGGCUCUUGUUGAAGUGAAGAGCAUUGAGCAGACCCUUCAAACAUACGAAGAGUUGUUGCAGAGUGUUAAAGAACAGAUGGAUCAUAUUCACCAAAGCAAUUACCAAUUACAAGUCAUUGAUUGUAACCAGCAAAAACUUUUAGAGGAAGUCAUUUUUCUUGUGAAUAAGUUGGACCUUGAUAAAGAACAUGAACAUGCAUUAAGAGAUGGUGAUCUGUGCACACCUGAGAAUUUACAGUCUUGCAUUCUUGCUGUUGAAGCUCUGAAUAAUUGCAUGAAUGUUAAGUUGUUUCCAGGCCAUCGGAAACUGCAAAGUGUGGUAGAACAGUUAAUAAAGUUUGAAAAUCUACGGCAGCAAUUUGAAAGUCGAUUCAUACGGCAUAUUAAUGCUUUAUUUGUACUACAGGGAAAUGACCAAAACAUUGGCUUGUUGCAACAGUCGGGAGAGCUAAUCUUGCCCAACCAUAAGCAUUUUCAUGAUGAAUUAUUGCCAUAUAGCCCUCUAAUGGUUUGGAUUAAAAACAACAGCCCUGCUAUUUUUACUGAUUUAUCAAAGUUCUGUUGCAUUUUCCAGGUGUAUUCAGGAAGCAUUAGAAAACUUUAUGAAAAACAAACCAAAGAAUUUUUUGAUGUGGUGAAGUUUAAAUUAACUGGAACGAAAGAAGGCAUGAGAUUCAGAAUUCAGGAAAGUUUUGAAAAGCUGACUGCUUCUACAUCCAAUCUACAGAAAACACUUUUCAGAAACUCUUUAUAUGAACAUUUAGGAUCAGAAACUGACAUUGCAGAUCGUCGAAUGAUGGACAAGGCAAAGGAUGAAGAGGAUAAAGAAUGGAGCAUUUCUACAUUUUGUACACAGAUCAUAGAUCAUGUAUUAGCAGAACUGGAACCCAUAUGUAUUGCAGAGGAGGAAUUUAUCACCAAAUUCUUUAUGAUGACAGAAGACACAUGCAGUGAAACACCACAGUUGUUGGGGAGUAAGUGUGAUCUCGUUCAUGCAGUUAACCAGGAUUCAACGGAAAGAAUACAAACUUAUCGGAGUGCUACAGAGCAGGAAGAUCCUGAUAUGAGCACUAAAAGAAAAAUUAUGAAUGAAAUUUUCAAUACUCUUGAACAAGAUCUAAAGGGGUUUGUAAACCUGUGUGACAAGAUCAACCCUUCCAACACCCUGCAUUUGCUGGUCGUAGUUAGCCAGCGGGCACUGAUAACUCAAGAUUGUGACCGUUCUUCCUUUCUCAAAUCUACCCUAGGAAACAUUCUGGUGCACAUUAAACGCAACUUUGACAAAUGCAUUUCUACUUUGUGUAAGCAAAUAGAUGAAGCCAAGGUCCCAAAGAAGACUAAGAUUGGUAUUCUGCCAUUUGUUAUUGGAUUUGAGGAGUUUGUAACUGUUGCUGAAGCUGUCUUUAAGAAUGCUGAGAGAAGAGGUGAUCUGGAUAAAGCUUACAACAAAGUAAUCGCAGCAGUCUUCACCAGUAUUGAAAAUAUUGCCUCAAUGAAUCUGAAGACUCCACCAGAUGUGGUUAUGAUGGAGAAUUUUCAUCAUAUUUACAGCUUUCUCUCUGAAUUGAAAAUCCACAGUCUUGAAGAAAGGAAAAAGGGAGCUUCUCAAAAAUAUUCAGAACAUCGUGAUCUCUACGUUACUAAAUACUUGGGACGGCCUUUGGAGAAACUAAAUAUCUUCUUUGAGGGAGUCAAGGCUCGUAUUGCACAGGGUGUCAAAGAGAAUGAAGUUAGCUAUCAACUGGCAUUUAGCAAACAGGAGCUAAGGAAAGUGAUUGAAAAAUAUCAAGGAAAAGAGGUAAAGAAAGCACUGGAAAACCUCUACAAAAAAGUGGUUAAACAUCUAAGUGAAGAAGGAAACCUGUUACAGGUCGUGUGGUAUACAAUGCAAGGAGAGUUUGUCCGCCAGUACAAGGAGUUUGAAGAAAUGAUUGCUCGGUGUUAUCCCGGCUCUGGAAUAACCAUGAAUUUCACAAUAGAUGAUAUUCUGCAGUAUUUUCUGGAUAUAACAAAGGCAAAUUAACUACCAACUGUUUAAUAUUGUGUGCAGCUCCUUUUCAAACUCAAAAUACGUUAAAUUAUCAUACAAGAUUUGAAAUCUUUCACUUGUAUAUGGUUAGUUAUGAGAAAUUUUAUGUUAUGCUAACUCCAAUGUUGUGGAUUUUACAAAAGUAAAGGAGAACAGUCAACUGUAAUUUUAAUUAUUAAGAAAAUGCUUUACUUGAGGAUUUUGUGUGGAUUUUCAUUUUAAAAUCAACACUUAGAAAUUUACAAAGCCUUGUAGAACUAAGAAUAUGACUCUAAAAUACACUGUUGAAUACUUACAUUUGUCAGAAAAGGGAGGAUAUUGUUAUGUCAGAUGCUGUUGGUGCUUUUGGAAGUUUUUUAAUGUUCCAUCAUUAUAAAGGAAGCAGGACUGAGGGUAGGAUCGUAAUGCUGUGGGGUUACUAUACGCAACUCCAGUAUACCCAGCACUGAAAAAAAGACUGAUACGUAAAGACGAAACCAAAGAAAUUGCAGCUUUGAUUCACGACACAAAUCACUGCCAAUGAAGAUGUGGAGCGUAACUGGGUUGGCACCUGGACCCCAAAGAUGAUGAGCACUUUUUUUUUCAUAGUGAGAGCAACUUUCUUACAAAACGGUGAGCCUGAUUUUGAUGGUUUGCACAUGAAGAAGAAAAUCUUCCUUUUUUCACCUUGCAUUUCCCUUUGAGCCUUCUGAUGAUGGAAGUACCCCCUUCAGAAGCCAAUAACUAACUAUCCUGUCCCAAAUCAAAGCAUUGGAUACAUAUCAGCACUUGGGUCAGCUAAUAGAUUUUUUGAAGCUGAAGGCUGGAAAUACAUUUCGAGUAGAGAAAACUGUCAUAUCAGCCAUUCUGAGCUGUGCUAUUUACAGACUCAAAGAUGAUUUCCUGCAGUUGUAGCAAUUUAAUGUGUUUUUGUUUAAAUGGAAGUUGUUACAGUUCAUGAAUUUUGUUUGCAUCUGUGUUCCCCAAGAAGAAAAAUCUGGAAAUAAAAAUAGAAGUUUUUUUUUAACUGAGAGAUAUCCAAUGAUAUAUUUUGAGUUGUACAGGGUAAACCAGAUUUUGGCUUAAAAAGUUCUGGACCUGAGAUAUACAUCAUGAUGAAGGCGUUGAAAUAUAUGAGGAAAGUAGGAAAGAACUUAAACAAGGAAUUAGAAGGGCUAAUAGGGGUCAUGAAAAGUCAUUACCAAACAGGACUAAAGAGAACCACAAGGCUUUUUUUAAUACAGACAUAAAAAUAAAGAGGGUAGCCAAGAAAAGGGUUGGUCCACGCAAGGACAAAGAAAGGAAUCUGUGUGUGAAGCCAGAAGAGGUAGGUAAGGUCCUAAAUGAAUACUUUAUGUUGGUAAUCACCAAAGAGAAGAAAUUGAUGGAGAAUGAUCUCAAGGAAGGGAGUGUCUAUACAAAGUUACUAUUAAAAAAGAAGAGAUGAGUGUCUUAAACAUUAAGAAGGUAGAUAAGUUUCCAGGUCCUGAUGAGAUCUAUUCCAGACUACUGAAAACUGAAGGCAACGAAAAGAUAAGCUGCAUAAAGGAAAAUAAUAGAAAUGGAAGAGAAAAUGAGUGUAACAAAGGAAACAAACAGGCUGUGAUUAUAUCAUACCAAAGAAAAUGGUGAAAACUUUUAUUUCAUCUUUCAAUUACUGAUCCAUUUCACUAUACCCAAUGUGUAAAUUUACACAUGGAAUCAUAUAGCAUGGAAACAGACCCUUCAGUCCAACUCGUCCACGCUGACAAUGGUUUGAGCAAUGAAAGCAAGCACGCCAAAUGCCUUCUUAACCACCCUGUCGCAAAUUUCAAAAAACUAUUAAUCUGAAUGCUUUGGUCUCUCUGUUCUAAAACAUUGCCCAGGGCCCUACUAUUAAUUGUGUAAGUUCUGCCCUU